AUGACGCCUAGAGCAACUCGCGCAGCAGCCCAGGUCAAGAGGUCUCUCAGCCCAGCACCAGCUGCGCCCACGCCGAAGCGCACACCCAAACGCACGCCGGUCAAGCGGGAGCCAUCUGCCUCACCCGCCAAGGUCAAAGCGGAACCGAUCGUCACCCCUCGGAAGCGCAAGGCCGGCUCCGCCUCUCCUCUGACCGACAUAGAGGAUGAGAAACCUACGCCCAAAUCCGCCAAAUCCCCAGCUACCCUUCGCGACCGCAAGCUCAACAAUCACACCAAAUUUUCAUCCUCCUCCAUCUUCCCCACCUUCCUCCACCCCACUCCUGAGGAGUGCAAGCUCGCCCACUCUAUCCUCUCUCGGCUACACGGCGAGCGCAUCCGGCCAGCGCAGGUCGUAGCGUCCAAAGAGAGAGCGGGGUGCGGCGACUCCCCGUCUGUCUUGGACGCGCUGGUCCGGACUAUUCUCUCCCAGAAUACCAGCGAUGCCAACUCGACCCGCGCAAAGCUCAGUAUGGACGCGGCGUAUGGCGGAUCGGAUGAGUGGGAGGCUAUUGUCGCAGGCGGGCAGCCGAAGCUGGAGGAGGCGAUACGGUGCGGUGGGCUGAGCGCGAUCAAGAGCAAGGUGAUCUUGAACAUCCUGGACCAGGCCAAGGAAAAGUACGGCUCGUACACCCUCGACUCUCUGCACGAGGCGUCGACAGAGGAUGCUAUGGCGGAGCUACUCGCGCUCAAGGGGGUCGGACCCAAGACAGCGAGCUGCGUCUUGCUCUUCUGUCUCCAGCGGGACGACUUUGCGGUCGAUACCCACGUCCAGCGGAUCACGGGCCUACUCGGCUGGCAUCCAAAAUCGUCCAAUCGGGAACAGACGUACGCUCACCUCAACGAGCGGAUUCCGGCGGAAGACAAGUACGGGCUGCAUAUCUUGUUUGUGCUUCAUGGGAAGGUGUGUGCCGAGUGCAAGGCGGGCGGGCGGAAUGCGGGACAGUGCGAGCUAAGGAGAGCGUUCAAGGGGGGCGUUGGGGUCAAGGAAGAAGAGGGUGAGGUCAAGGCUGAGGAGGUCAAGGGGGAAGAGCUUCAGGAAAUGGAAGACGAUAAGAAGGGUAUCGUGCAGGAUGUGAGUAUUGUCAGCUAA